UUUGCGGUUAUUUAACCGCCACUUCCUUCCCUCCGAUAAAAGGCGGCCUCGCUGUCCUCUUCUCCGGAAAACUAGGGUUUGCAGCUUCCUCCACACCCCCAAAUCCGCCCCCAUUCCCUCCCUUCCCCUCCUUCUUCUCCACCUCCCUCCAAUUCCUUCCCCUCGAUCCCCCCAUCCCUCCACUCACCAAUCGUCUCCCCGGUUCUGGAUCGAAACCGGGGUGUAACUCUGAUCUCCUUCCGAAACCACCGUGGAGGAUGUGAUCUUCAACUCCCCCACUUUUCCUUUCGUGUUUGUUCUUGGUAAUUGGUGGGAGUUGGAGGCUCUGCUUUCGGGGACGAGGAGAUCGACGGAGAUGGAGGCGGCGAAGCAGCUCAAGCGCGGCAUUUCGCGGCAGCUCUCUGGGGGUUCUGUGAGGAGGAGCGGGAGGUUUAGCUUCAAGCGCAACCUCUCCUUCGACCCGCGGCUUAGCAAUGUCAGUAGGUUUAGCUUCGGGCGGCAGUCCUCGCUAGAUCCGAACCGUGGGACGAGGAGCCCCGCCAGGGAGGAGCUCACGGUGCCGGAGAACCUCGACUCCACCAUGCAGCUGCUGUUCUUGGCGUGCCAGGGGGACGCUAAGGGGGUGGAGGAGCUCAUGGAGAAUGGCGUCGACGUGAACAGCAUCGAUUUGGACGGCAGGACGGCGUUACAUAUAGCGGCGUGUGAGGGACAUAUCGGUGUCGUGAAGCUGUUGUUGAGCUGGAGAGCCAACAUCGAUGCCAGGGAUCGGUGGGGCAGCACGGCUGCUGCAGAUGCCAAGUACUACGGCAACGUUGAAGUGUACAGCAUCUUGAAAGCUCGAGGAGCCAAAGUCCCGAAAACCAGGAGGACUCCCAUGGCUGUGUCAAAUCCCCAAGAAGUUCCAGAGUAUGAGCUAAAUCCAGGGGAGCUUCAGUUCCGACGAGGUGAAGAGGUCCUAAAGGAUACUUACCAAGUCGCUAAGUGGAAUGGUACAAAGGUUUCUGUGAAAAUCCUUGACAGAGAAAGCUAUUCAGACCCAGAUAGAGUAAAUGCAUUCAAAUAUGAACUGAAUCUGUUACAAAGGGCCCGUCAUCCGAAUGUAAUUCAGUUUGUAGGAGCUGUCACCCAAAAUAUACCAAUGAUGAUUGUUUCGGAGUACCAUCCAAAAGGUGACUUAGGGAGUUACCUUCACAAGAAAGGACGUCUGCAGCCCCAUAAGGUUAUUAGAUAUGCUCUUGAAAUUGCCAGGGGAAUGAAUUAUCUCCAUCAAUGUAAACCAGACCCAAUCAUUCACUGCAAUUUAAAACCAAAAAAUAUCUUGCUCGAUUGUGGUGGACAAUUGAAGGUUGGAGGCUUUGGGUUAGUCAACCUAUCAAAAAUUUCACCUAAUAAAGCUAAAUUGGCAGAUUCCAAAGCUCAAAUUGACAACUUGAGUUUGUACAUGGCACCGGAGGUUUACAGGGAUGAAAUAUUUGACAGAAGUGUUGAUGCAUUCUCCUUUGGUCUCAUUCUUUAUGAGAUGAUUGAAGGAGCACCAGCCUUUCACCCAAAGGGCCCAGAAGAAGCUGCUAGAAUGAUUUGCUUGGAUGGGUUGAGACCCCUAAUGAAGAACAAAUCAAAAGGUUAUCCUCUAGAUGUAAAAGAAUUAAUUGAAGAAUGUUGGGAUCCUGAUCCUGUAGUGAGACCAACCUUUUCAGAAAUAAUUAUUCGGCUCGACAAAGUUUAUGCCACUUGUCUCAAGCAGGGGCGGUGGAAAGACACCUUUAAACUCCCUUGGAAAUAAAGACAGAUAUGGGGAGGUCUGUGUAUUGCAUCAGUUGUACAUGUUAAACCCAACAUGCUUCUUCAAUGUAC